GUUUCUUAGAACUCUAAAUUUGUUUAAUCAGCAUAAAUUAGGUGUUUAAUUAGUUAUUUAAUUUACUUUGUUCACAUUAACACAGUUAGCUAUAGUAAGACGUAACGUUAUCUUAUGUUCAUUUGUCAUACAUUUACUUUUUCAAGUUUCUGUGAAAGCGAGCAUUAUAAAGGAAUUCGUUUUGAAGAAGGAACCCGGCUGGGACCCGACCACCAUGGUAGUAGUGGAUGAGAGUUGGCUGCCCCCUGGCCUAAUUACUUCGGAACAUGAUGAAGUUGCCCAGGGGGGCGUCCCCUCGACUCCAACCCUCCCCAACUGUUUCGUCAGGCUGGAGCGCUUGCAGCUCGGCGAGAUACCGAGAAAAUGUAAUAACAGCAACGCGCUGCACCUUUCUCUUCCUAAUUGUUUCGUACAAUUGGAGCGCCUGCCGGACGAAACCUCGAACAUAGGUCUGACAACUUGCAAAGACAACAUUGAAAACACCAUAUUUAAAUACGCCCUCACCUGCCCAGUCUGCGGCCAAGGUUACCCCACCAAACGGAGCCUUUCGAACCACCAACGCAUGCAUACAAUCAAAAGGUAUGACUGCGAUAUAUGCUCGAAAACUUACAAAAUGAAAAGCAGUCUUAUAAAGCAUAUUAUUGAACAUGGCCAGGAGAAACCGACGCACGUUUGCAGCUUUUGCUGCAAAGAAUGCAAGACGCCGCGAGAUUUAAUCAUACAUGAACGUGUUCACACUGGGGAGAAGCCCUAUACUUGCAAUAUGUGCGAAUGGCGGUUUAGUGCCCGCACUAACUUGCUUACUCACAUGAGAACUCACGGUAGCAAACUAUACCCGUACAAAUGCGAUGUAUGUCAAAAGAAAUUUUCUCGGAAAGGUCACUUGUCAUCUCAUAGCCGUGUCCACACAGGGGAUAGGCCGUACUCCUGCCCUUUAUGCCCAAAGAGAUUUUCUCAGAAAGGAAACUUAAUUCCUCAUCUUCUGUAUCAUAGAGGUCAUAAACCAUACUCGUGCGAUGUAUGUGACAAAAGUUAUACUGAAAGUAAGUCCUUGAAAAUGCACAAAAGAACGCACACCGGUGAAAAACCGUACACCUGCGAUCAUUGUGGAAUAUCAAUUUCACGACGGGGUAAUAUGAUCACGCAUCUAUUUGUUCACUCUGAAAUCAAGCCAUACUCUUGCAAAGUAUGUAAAAAAGGUUUUAAGACAAAAUCACAUUUUAAAUUCCAUGAAAUAAGUCACAAGGAAAAGCAAUUUUCUUGUGAGGUCUGUAAACGGUUAUUUAGUUAUAAAAAUUCUCUUUCAAGGCACAUGAUGUCCCACACAGGUGAGCGUCCACACUCCUGUGAAUUAUGUAAAAAGAGCUUUAAGACUAAAAGUGAGUUAAAUAGGCACUCCCUCACCCACACUGGAGACAAACCCUACUCAUGUGAUGUAUGUAAAGCUAAAUUUAACGCAAAAACUCAUGUCAAAAGGCACAUCGUUAAUAACAGUUGUUAUAAAGGUCAAAACAAGCGUAGGCAGAACCAAAAAAAAUAGUGGAGCCUAUAAUGCAUGAAUAGUUAAACUCAAUUCACUCAACUCAACUUUUUUCUUUUUCUUUUUUCAAUAAUGAAAAUAUGUAACAUACAGGUCAACUCGGCAAUAGGUACUAUAUAAAUUAUACUAUAGUAUAAUACUAUAAGUUAUUCGGUUUACCAAGACAAGUGUGCAACGAUUUUCAUUGCACACGCAGUGCAUGUUAUUUUAAACGUCAAACUUCUAUGAAAUUAUGACGUAUAAAUAACACUUGCACUGCGUAUUCUAUCAAAAUCGUUGCAGACUUAUCUUGGUCCAACUCUAUGAUCAGCAAUGGACUGAUUGGAGGUCGCAUGAAGCUGAUCUCAUCAUCAUCAUCAUCAUCAUGUCAGCCGAUAGACGUCCACUGCUGGACAUAGGCCUCCCCCAAGCUGAAGCUGAUCUGUAUUAUGUUAAAUUAUUAAAAAUAUAAUAUAUAACAUGUGACAUCUAUUUCAGUUUACACUUUGUCUCAAAUUGCCAAUAAAUACAUAUAUUCAAUAUUUUUACACCUAAAUUCAACUAGAACAGACUGUGGAAGUUUACUUUUAUUUUUAAGUAGAUUUGUAACGGAGUCCUGAUAUUGCGUGGAACGGAAAACUGCUAAAGUUGGAUGCACCCGUUGACCGCCUUCCGUUCCUAAGGCCCCAUUCGCACGAGAGCUUAAAAAGCGUUGCGUGUGUGAC